AUGGCAGAGUUUCAUUUCGAUGAGAUAAUCAAGGUUAUCAAGUUCGAUUCCCAAGUGGUGUACGACAAAGUUUCUCGAGUGGUUGCAACGAGUGAAGACAGUGAUUGUUAUCUUGAAUUAGAUGUGCAUACUGAGUUGUACCCUAUGCUUAAGGGGGAGAAAUUCCGGAUGUUGAUUUCGUCGACUCUGAAUGCGGAUCAAAAGACUGAUGGAGAUGACGAAGUUAAAGUGGUGGUGUAUGUCUCGUUUGGGGGACUCCAACUGAUGCUAAAGGGUAAGAUGCACAAGUUUAAAGUUGAUCAGAGGCUGUUUCUCCUCUUGAGGAAGAUUUGA